AUGGAGGAUGACUUGACAGUUAGAAUGGUAGUAAAACAGUUGAGGAAGAGAGGUGGUGCUUGUAAAGAUUUGGAGAAAAGGAAAAAAGAUAUUUUGCGGUCAAAGAUGGAAGAAAUUAACUUCGUUGGAUUCAUGUUCGGGAAUGUGGACAAUGAAAUGAAUUUCGAAGAUGAAAAUGGAUUGUUCAGUGAAGAAGAGAGAAAGAAACUCAAGAACCUUGGAAGCUUGAUCUCCAAUGACGUGAUAAUAGAAGAUGUUGCACUAAUGGAUGACAAUGAGGAAGCCAUAUCUGAGGAAGAAAUUAUGUUCAUAUUGAAGCAAGAGGAAGAUAUGGAUAUCAUUUCUGACACCCAUUCGGAUAGCAUUGACAACCAGUAUCAUGGAUAUGAUUAUACCAAAUCUCCUAUUGCACAGGAUUUUUUAGAUAAAGCUGAGUUGGCAGAAGAUGAAAGUAUAGAACUAGAUGAGCAUUAUGAUGCUGCUGAUCAUGAAAAGAUCUCUGAAAACUGCGAUGUUUCAAGGGAAGAAUCCGAAGUCGUCCUAUAAGAAACCUCAAAAAGAAGUUGGCGAUGAAAGUGAGCAUGUGAUGAUAGAACACAAACUUUAUAUGAAUAGAAGAUGUAAAUCUUAUUAAAUGAAUACAAUGUCUGUAUUACAUGUGUCUAUUCAAUAUUCACACCCUGCUUUCGAAGGUAUCUUCUCCCUAGUCUAUCGCAGUCACUUAAACUAUUUGAAUUCAAGAGGUCUCAGGAAAUCGAUGAGACUCUAGUUAAAUCCCUCAUUAGAAUUUUGAAAAUAAUAUCUCAUCAUCGUCCACUCA